CAUGAAAAUCUGCCAGUAAUGCGUCCGUCGACGUGCGCGCUUAUGGAAACAUGACUUAGGAGAGUUGCGAGUUGUGAUACCUACCUAUACUGAACGUCGCGUAAAUGGCGAAAUAUAUGCUACGACACUAGGACAAAGUGAGUCUUUCUGCGCGGAGGAGUAUCUUAUUGGUCCGUUAGUGCGGUAAACUUUUCGUGUCACUGACGGACCAAGCGCGACGACAUUGUUACGUUGUUUUUCGCAGUGGAAAACGACACGUCUUUGGAAGGAUGGCGACCUGACCCCUUCCGAAUAAUGGAAUACUGUGCACAACGAUUGUCAGUUUGAAAUAUAUUUAGAUAAUUGGUGCUAUAAAACUUUAAAGAUGGCUGAUGUUGAUCCCGAAACUUUAUUGGAAUGGCUCAGUAUGGGUCAAGGAGAUGAAAGAGAUAUGCAGUUAAUUGCUUUAGAGCAAUUAUGCAUGUUACUGCUCAUGUCUGAUAAUGUUGAUCGAUGCUUUGAAUGCUGUCCUCCACGCACAUUUCUUCCUGCAUUAUGUAGAAUUUUUUUGGAUGAACUUGCACCAGAUAGUGUUUUAGAAGUGACAGCUAGAGCUAUUACAUAUUAUUUUGACUUAUCACCAGAAUGUAUACGAAGAGUAAUAGCUAUGGAAGGUGCUGUGAAAGCUAUUUGCAGUCGCCUAUCUGGAGCUGGAUUAGGAUCUAGAACUAGUAGGGACCUGGCUGAACAAUGCAUAAAGGCACUGGAACUUGUCUGUGCAAGGGAAGCUGGUGCUGUGCUUGAAGCUGGUGGCCUUCCAUGUGCUUUAUGCUUUAUUAGGGAGCAUGGAGCUCUUGUUCACAGAGAUACACUGCAUUCAGCAAUGGCUGUGGUUACCCGUUUGUGUGGAAAAGUAGAACCUCAAGAUAAAUCUUUGCCAGAUUGUGUUGAAGCUUUAUCAACAUUACUUAGACAUGAAGAUGCACAUGUCGCUGAUGGAGCACUUCGUUGUUUUGCAUCAUUGGCUGAUAGAUUUUCAAGAAGAAAUACGGAUCCUGCUCCAUUAGCCUCUCAUGGAUUAGUUUCUGAACUUUUGUAUAGGUUAUCAAAUGCUGCAGGGCCUGGUACAUCAAUAGCAACUACUUCUGGAAAUCCAAAAACACCUCCACCGUCUAAUACAGCUGCAACACUUCCUACUCCUGAAGCGAAUUCUUGUGCAUCUGUUUCUACUAUAAUUAGUCUUCUAUCAACACUUUGUAGGGGAUCACCUUCUAUAACUCAUGACCUUUUACGUUCUGAAUUGCCAGACGCGAUAGAAAAAGCUUUAAAAGGAGAUGAAAGAUGUGCGCUUGAUUCCAUGAGAUUAGUUGAUUUAUUAUUAGUUUUACUAUUCGAAGGAAGGUCAGCAUUAGGCCGCAAUACAAGUGGAGGUCCAUCCGGCCCUGUGUUACCUCGAUUUAGGCGACCAGAAAGCGCUGGAGAGAAAUCUCACAGACAAUUGAUUGAUUGUAUUCGAUCGAAAGACACGGAUGCGUUAAUAGAAGCUAUAGAUUCUGGAGGCAUUGGAGUUAAUUUUAUGGAUGAUGUUGGACAAACAUUGCUUAAUUGGGCGUCCGCAUUUGGCACACAAGAAAUGGUUGAAUUUUUGUGUGAUAGAGGAGCAGAUGUUAAUAAAGGUCAAAGAUCGUCCAGUUUGCAUUAUGCUGCUUGUUUUGGAAGACCAGCUAUUGCUAAAGUAUUGCUUAGGCAUGGAGCGAAUCCUGAUUUACGAGAUGAAGAUGGAAAAACACCGUUGGAUAAAGCCAGGGAACGUGUAGAUGAAGGGCAUAGAGAAGUGGCUGCUAUAUUACAAUCUCCUGGAGAAUGGAUGUUACCAAAUCAAGAACAUAGAAAGCCAGAAACAGAAGCAGAAUUUACAGAACCAAAAGGUGAUCCUGAAAUGGCUCCAGUAUAUUUGAAAAGAUUGUUGCCAGUAUUUUGUGCAACAUUUCAAUCUUCUAUGUUACCAAGCGUUAGGAAAGCGAGUUUAAGUUUAAUCAGAAAAAUGGUGCAUUACAUUCAACCAGAAUUACUUAUAGAAACAUGUGGUUCUGAUAGAAUGGGAAGUUGUGGUGCUAUGCUUGUAGAAGUAAUUGCCAAUGUAUUGGACAACGAGGAACUUGAGAUAAAAACAUCACCACCACCACCUUCGCCUCUCAAGCCGAUAAUUGGCCCAAAAUUGCGUUGUCUCGCAUCACGCAAGUCUUCCAGUUCCCUGAACUACAUUGUUGAUAAGACGGAGGAUGAGGAUGGACACUUAGUGGUUUUGCAAAUGAUACAAGAUUUGAUGAUAAAAGGCAAAGAUGAAUUUCUAGAACAUUUUGCUCGUUUGGGAGUAUUUUCAAAAGUUGCCGCAUUGGCUGGACCGCAAGAGGUUGCUCCAGAACCAGAGGCAGAAUCAAAUCAGUCUGAAGAACAAAGAAUGGAAGAUGCGAGAGAACUUUUAAUUGGAAGAGCUUACCAUUGGAGAGAUUGGUGUAUUUGUAGAGGACGUGAUUGCUUAUAUGUCUGGUCUGAUGCAGCAGCCUUAGAGCUAUCAAAUGGAAGUAAUGGAUGGUUUAGAUUUAUACUCGAUGGAAAAUUAGCAACGAUGUAUUCUAGCGGAAGUCCAGAGGGUGGAACAGAUACGUCAGGAAAAGGGAGGAACACAGAGUCGCUUACCACUGAAGAAAACCGUGGCGAGUUUUUGGAAAAGUUACAAAGAGCGCGAAGUCAAGUCAAACCAAAUUCUGUGAGUCAGCCUGUACUUUCACGCCCUGGUACGACCCGCCUAGUUGUAGGAAAUUGGGCAUUAUCUAGUAGAAAAGAAAGUGAGUUGUGUAUACAUAAUAGCGACGGUCAGCAACAAGCGACAAUUUUACGAGAAGACUUACCAGGAUUUAUUUUUGAAUCGAAUCGUGGUACCAAGCAUUCCUUUACAGCAGAGACAAGUUUGGGUCCAGAAUUUGCAGCAGGUUGGGCUGGUAAAAGAGGAAAAAGAUUGAGAUCUAAAAUCGAAGCUAUCAAACAAAAAGUUAAAGUACAAGCUCAGGAUAUUUAUGAAUGUUAUUUUAAGGCUGCGCAGGCUCAGCCACGUGGAGUAGUUGCUAAAUUAGGAACCAUUGUUAGUCAGAUAGAAAAAGCUUGUCAAAAACAACAGUCAGGAAAUCGAGAAUGGCGUAAUAUAUUACAAAGUGCAUUAGAAGAACUUAAGGAUUUGUUAAAUGAGGAAGGAAGAGUUUCUGCGUACGAACUUCACUCAAGCGGACUUGUGCAAACUUUACUUUCGUUAUUAGCCGCUCCACCAGGACCACAACCUCCUACAUUACGGGCAACGAAACUCAGAAUGCAAAGAAUAGCAGUAUUUAAAAAUUGUUUCCAUUCAAAAGACGCCAAUAAAGAGCAUAAUUCUGCUAAAAUUCUAGUCCAUAAGCUGGUUUCAGUUUUAGAAUCUAUUGAAAAAUUACCUGUGUACUUAUAUGAUACACCAGGCUCAGGUUAUGGUUUACAAAUCUUAACGAGAAGAUUACGUUUCCGAUUGGAAAAGGCAGCUGGUGAAAGCUCUCUAAUCGAUAGGUCUGGUCGGAGUUUAAAAAUGGAACCACUAAGUACUAUACAACAGUUAGAAAACCAUUUAUUGAAAAUGGUAGCGAAGCAAUGGCAUGAUCAUGAUAGGUCAACGUUUACAUUUGUUAAGAAAUUAAAAGAUAGAAAUAGAAUAACUUUCAGAUAUCAGUAUGAUUUCGAUGAAAACGGAUUGUUGUAUUGGAUCGGUACAAACGCAAAAACUUGUACUGAAUGGGUUAAUCCCGGUCAAUAUGGUUUAGUUGUUGUUACUUCGAGUAAUGGAAGAAAUCUUCCAUACGGCCAUCUUGAAGAUAUCUUAAGUCGAGAUCCGUCAGCAUUAAAUUGUCAUACAAAUGACGACAGGCGUGCAUGGUUUUCAAUUGAUUUAGGAGUUUGGAUUAUUCCGAGCGCUUAUACAUUGAGACACGCAAGAGGCUAUGGUAGAAGUGCCUUGCGAAAUUGGAUGUUUCAAGCAUCAAAAGAUGGUAUCAUUUGGACAACGUUAUACGCUCAUGUAGAUGAUUCGUCAUUGAACGAGCCUGGUAGCACAGCUACUUGGACGUUGGAGCCACCAGUCGAUGAGACGCAGGGAUGGCGUCAUUUAAGAUUACAACAAAUUGGAAAGAAUGCUUCAGGUCAAACACAUUAUUUAUCUGUAUCCGGAUUUGAAGUUUACGGAGAAGUUACAGGAGUUUGCGAAGAUUUGGGACGAGCAGCUAGAGAAGCUGAAGCUGGAGUUCGAAAACAGAGGAGGUUAAUUAAAGCUCAAGUUCUUCGUCAUUUAGUAGCUGGCGCUCGAGUGGCUAGAGGUUUGGAUUGGAAAUGGAGAGAUCAAGAUGGUGUUCCCCCGGGUGAAGGCACAGUAACAGGGGAAUUGCAUAAUGGUUGGAUAGAUGUAACAUGGGAUCAUGGUGGUUCCAAUUCUUAUAGAAUGGGUGCAGAAGGAAAAUAUGACUUAAGAUUAGUUGGUACUGGUCUCGAUGCAGAUAACGGAACGAAAAGUAAAAAUGGUGGCGGAGUUUUAACUGGACGAAAAUCUAGUAGCACACCUAGUUUACCAGAUUGUACUGAUACUGCAAUGCGUGGGUCAGUAGCUUCUACAGAUCAAGCAGCAAGCGCGGAUAAUUUAGCAGUUAAGUAUCAAUUUCGUAUUUAUGAUAAGCAGCAAGCCGUUGAAUCGAUAGCAGAAAAUGUGUUAUCGGUUGCUCGUGCUGAGGCGGUUGUUGCUGUAACCGGUGAAGGUGGGGCAAAUUCAACGAGCGAAUUGUCCGUUGUAUUACAUCCCAGGCCUGACACUACUGUGACAAGUGAUCUGGCAACAAUUGUUGAGAGUCUUGCCCUUAACACAGAUUGUCCUGCCAACAGUAACAGCAAUCGCGCGUCUAGUAGUUCAAAACCAUUUUUUGCAACCGUGCGAGGAAAUAAGCCAGGAUCAGGUUUAUUGAGUCUUGAGGCUACCGAAGUGUUAGAUCGUGUCAGAGAAGGAGCUGACAGAUUACGCAAUAAUACUAAUAGCUUUUUGAGUGGAGAAUUACUUAGUUUAGUGCCUGUUAGAAUCAGUGUGUCGGGUGAACUAGAAGAAAAUUCAUUAAGGAUUAAAUCUGUACAGAGGCAUCACUCCGGAAUUACCGAUGCUGCCAAAGAAUGUAGUCGGGACAAAGAAGCUAGCUCAUCAACACAAAAUACAGCAGGUGGAUGUCCUGUUGUCGUUACCAAUCCUAUGUCUGUAUCUGUUCCUAACCUUGCUUGUUCUGAUGCUAACAAUACUUUGGAACCAACAACUGCAACUGGUUUACUAGAAACCUUUACUGCAAUGGCACGAAGACGAACAUUGGGACCUACAGGUGGACAACAUAUUGCUUCCAAUUCUAAUACUGGUUCAAAUUCACGUGGACCUAAUUCUGUAUCAAGUUUAGUUCGACUUGCUUUGAGUCCUAAUUUUCCUGGGGGUUUACUUAGUACUGCCCAAAGUUAUCCAAGUUUAACCAGCAGUGGUCAAGUAGCUGGAAGUGGUGUUACUACAACGACUGGACCCGGCCUAGGACAAGCACUUACAAUGUCAUUGACUAGUACAAGUAGUGAUAGUGAACAGUUAUGGCUACAGGUUAGUCUUGAAGACUUUUUGGAAUCUUGUGGAGGUAUUGCAAGUUCUAGUGCUAGUGGAGGUAGAACAACAGGUGGACCAACUCUUUUAACUGAAUUAGAAGAUGAUGAAGACGGUGUUCUUGAAGAAGAAGAAGACAACGAUGAAAAUGAUCAAGAAGAAGAUGAUGAAGAAAAUGAAGAGGAAGGAGAAGGUUGCGAUGGUGAUUAUGAAGAUGUAAUGGUAAGUCGCAAUCUCCUGGCAGCAUUUGUGGAAGAAGAAACUCCUCAAAAUAGUAAGAGACGUGCAUGGGACGAUGAGUUUGUUUUAAAACGACAAUUCUCUGCUCUGAUUCCUGCUUUUGACCCACGGCCUGGACGAACUAAUAUUAAUCAGACUACAGAUCUGGAAAUUCCACCACCUGGUAGCGAAACUCAGUCAAAUACACGUUCAGGUUCCUUACCAAUGCCAAGACUUUCUUUAACACUAAAGGGACCAGGUCUUCCUGGAGUAUCGGACGUUGAACUAGCACUCACGGAACCACACGCUAGUAUUUUCCAGCAAGUACAAGAAUUAAUGCAACUAACAGAAUUAGGUAGUCGACAAGAAAAACUAAGAAGAAUAUGGGAACCAACUUACACAAUAAUAUAUAAAGAAGCAAAGGACGAAGAAUCAUCUGGAAGGGCAACACCAGUUGUUACAUUAUAUUCUCGUAAUACAGCUCAAAAUUCUUCAGUAUGCAGUGUAGAGGAUGUAUUGCAAUUACUGAGGCAUGUUUAUGUGUUAAGCACUACCCGCGAUGACGGUAAACAUAUCGAUUAUGAAGAACUUGAGGAAUCAACAUGUUGGGUUCAUCCAGAUGAUUUUACUUCAAAGAAGAUUACGAACAAAAUAGUGCAACAAAUUCAAGAUCCUCUAGCAUUAGCUGCUGGAGCUUUGCCAAAUUGGUGUGAAGAACUAGCAAGAAGUUGUCCCUUUUUAUUACCCUUCGAAACUAGACGACUGUAUUUUAGUUGUACUGCCUUCGGAGCUUCGCGAUCCAUUGUGUGGCUUCAAACACAAAGGGACGCUGUUCUCGAAAGACAAAGGGCACCAGGUUUAAGCCCACGACGUGAUGAUAUUCAUGAAUUCCGCGUUGGUAGACUUAAACACGAAAGAGUUAGUGUACCUAGGGGAGAGAAAUUAUUAGACUGGGCAGAACAAGUAAUGAAGGUACACGCAAGCCGGAAGAGUAUAUUAGAAGUGGAAUUUGUUGGCGAAGAAGGAACUGGUCUUGGACCUACAUUAGAGUUCUUUGCAUUAGUUGCUGCUGAAUUACAACGGAAAGACUUAGGUUUAUGGUUAUGUGAUGAUGAAGACUCACCUGACACGGAUCAGUCCCGAAUUUCAGGAGAUCAGAUUCGACCUCCAGGAUAUUAUGUAACUCGACCGAGCGGAUUAUUUCCUGUUCCUUUACCACAAGAUUCUGUAGCUUGUGAUCGUGCUGUUCGAUAUUUUUGGUUUUUGGGUGUCUUCUUGGCAAAAGUUUUACAGGAUAAUAGAUUAGUAGAUUUACCAUUGUCCCGUCCUUUCCUAAAAUUAAUGUGUCAUGGUGACAUCACAAACAAUGUAAAUGAAAAGAUUGGUCUUAGUGGUGUAACACAAGAAAGUAUAUCUUCAAGCAUGUCAAGCAGUUUUAUAUCGGAAGAGGGUGAAGCGGAUACAGCAUAUUCUUCGUUAGAACCACCUUCUUGGUAUGCUGGAUUAUUAGACAUUGAAGAUCUGGUACUUGUUGAUCCAGUAAGAGGUGAAUUUUUAAAAGAGAUACAAACGGCAAUUUCCAAACGUGAUAGAACACUUUCCGAUAGUCAUAAUUCUGUCGAAGAAGAAACGACGUUAAAUAUCACUCAUCCAUCUGGAAUGUCAGUGCCUAUUGAAGACUUAACUUUGACAAUGACAUAUUCUCCAAGUUCCAAAAUCUUUGCAUAUGAUCAGGUAGAAUUAGUAGAAGGAGGUGCAGAGACUUCAGUUACUAUGGAAAAUGCAAGAGAAUAUGCUGAGACGACAAUUAAUUUCUGUCUUGAUCGAGGAAUUUCAAGACAACUAGAAUCGUUUAAAUCUGGUUUUUCAAAAGUCUUCCCAAUGGAAAAACUUCAUGCUUUCAGCCCUGAAGAAAUAAGGGCUAUGCUUUGUGGAGAACAGAACCCACAAUGGACUAGAGAAGAUUUGUUAAAUUAUACUGAACCAAAACUGGGCUACACAAGAGAAAGUCCUGGUUUCCAAAGAUUUGUCAAUGUUUUACUUUCGUUGACCGGUCCAGAAAGAAAGGCUUUCUUACAAUUUGCUACUGGAUGUUCAGCUUUACCUCCUGGGGGAUUAUGUAAUUUACAUCCUAGAUUGACUGUUGUGCGAAAAGUAGAUGCUGGUUCAGGUGGUUAUCCCUCUGUUAACACCUGUGUUCACUAUUUAAAAUUGCCGGAAUAUCCUACUGAAGAAAUACUUAAAGAAAGACUCUUGGCGGCAACUAGAGAGAGAGGAUUUCAUUUAAAUUAAUCUCGUUUCUGCUCAGGCAAGGAACUGCUACGAUAACGUAGUCAGAUAUACUCGCUCUUAAAAUGUGCGAAUCGAUCUUUGCUUUACAGAUUACAUUAUGUAAUCUAUACGCAAAAAUCGAAUUUUGUCUUGAUGUUAU